UGAGCUAUAUGUUGCCACUGUGCCAACAGGGUUGGUUCGCCAGUGUUCGCCAGUUCGAGAUACACCGAAAAGUAUCUGAAAGAUACGCACAGUUGUUGUGUAUCCUUCGAAGGGUGAAAAGUUUCCUACAAAACCAAAACACCGCCGCCGCCGUCGCUGUUUUCGAGCGCUAGAAACGAGUGCGAGUGCGACUGCUUUCCCGAUUUCCCCAAAGCAUGAGAGAGUAUCUUUAAGUUAUCCUGGGAUUAGACACUCUGUUUUCGAUGUGAUCGAGUCCGCGGACUCAAAACUACAUAACUUGCCCCAGUUUCCGCCACAAAUACAAAAUAGUUACCAAUGUGAACCAGUGAGAUACCAACGAUCAAAGCCACAAAAAACAAGAACUGGCGCAGAUGUUGCAUCUGACGUUCUAAGUUCCAAUCUCGGUUUCAACUUCGAGCUUCGCGUUUAGUUUCUGGCCCUAAUUACUGCCUCUUGGCUUGUUACUUUUGCGUUCCUUUCGUUUCGUUUUCGCGUCGCGGUUUGUUAUUGUCAACUUUCGUUUUUCGCGCGGUUUUUGCGGCUUUUCCAACGGUCUAAUGGAUAAGGAACUUGGCCAGGACUAACUAUAGUUUGCCAGGACUCGCCAUUGUCGAAGAAGUACAAUUGGGGACAGCAGGAGAAAUGGAUUAACAACAAAGCUUUCAAUCAAAGGAUUUGAGGACACAGCAACAAAGAAACACUUUGGAAUAUCUCUUUUAGCCAACUAAGCACCAAAAUCUCCCCCUUUCGGCCCAAAAUCAAAAUUAAAGCCUCAAACUUAAAACCAAAAUAAGCAAACAAAAAACACAUCAAAUGCAUUAAGAUAAUAUACAACUUAAAAAGGAGUAGCUACAUAAAUAUUAUUACUAUUAAAGUCAGUAGCGAGUAACGGGCUAAUGUUUAAUUAAUCGGUAAGCCAGGACCCAAGCAAACAAACAAACGGAAGACAAAGAUUUUUAAGGAAGCCACAGGAUUAAGCCUACACAUUAAGUACAAUUUACUAGUAAUAAUACCUAAAUUAUUUUAAACUGCAACUAUUUUUGUACCCGACAACGUAUUAACGACAAAAAACAACAAUUGAGAAACGAAGUUAAAACCAGAGUACAAAACUUAAUCAAUUUACAAGCAAGCAACAAAUAUUAAUCGACAUUAUAACUGAUAAUAUCACCAACAGCAAAUAAUAAAUAUUAUAAUCUAUCAACAACAACAACAACAACGCAUAAUAAAAAAUUACAAAUUUUACAAAUUACAAAUUUACAAAUUUUUUAAAAGCCAACCGCAAAACAAAACAAAUCGAAGUCUGCUACAAAUUUUAAACUUAAAAAAUAGCAAAAACCAAAAAUAAAGGAUAAUUAAAGGAUAACAAAUUUUUGCAUAGCUGCCGUUUUUACAACAAACAAAAAACAACAACAAAGGAGUAAAGUACAAAACAACAAAUCUUUAAAGUUUUCAAGCAACUUACAAAUUUUUAAGCAAAACGAACAAGUAAACAAUUAAAUAUAAUAGCACUUUACAAUAAAAAAACAUAAAAUAAAGUAAAAUAAUUAAUCGAUAUUGCAUUAGUACACGCAAACCAGUGAGUUCAAAAUAAACGAAUACAAAUCUUGGAGUAGCUUCAACUUAUAUAAACCGAUAUAUAACAUUAGAACCUAGUAUUAUACAAAUUCGAGUGUGUUACACUGGCCAACAAAAACAGCGAGAGAAAUUUUUAUGAAAAACUACCUCAAAUCGAACAAACAAAAGUGAAUCACAAGUAGUGUACAAAAAAUCUGGCCAACAAAAUAAAGUUUUAAAAAGAAAUUUAAAAAAAUUAGUACAAAUCGUUGCGCCUUGGCAGUUUUUUAGAGAACUGCAUAGCCAUGCCAGUGUGCGAGCUUAAAUGGCGUCUUCAAUUUUAGCCCAGAGCAGCUCUGGCGGUCCCGUCGACAGCAGCAACAUCGGACAUAUCGCAGCAGCGGGUGCAACAUCAGCAGCGGCAGCAGCCACGUCUGUGGAGGCCACGGUAUCCAGCUUGCACAACACUCACCUCAACCAGCUAAGCAGCCUCAGCCAGCACUACACCAGUCCAUACCACCACCCACAUCCGCACCACUACCAGCAGCACUAUCCCCAGCAGCAACACCAUCAGCCGCAGCAGCAGCAACACUGGGAAUACUAUGCCAGGCAGCAGCAGCAACAUCAGCAACAGCAACAGCAGCAGCAACAGCAACAGCCAACGGCCACCACCAACGGCAACAGCAACAGCAACACCAACGGUGACACGCCCACGGUAUCAGCGCCUCUGGGCAGCAGCGGCAACAGCAGCAAUCAUGCUAGUGCUGCCAACAGCAACAACGGCAACAAUGGCAGUAGCAAUGCCAAUGCCAAUGCCAUUUCCGCCGCCUCCGCCUCAGUGAAUCCUCAGAACACGAACUCCAGCAACCCGAAUUCAAACUCCAAUUCCAAUUCAAACGGCAGCUACACGCGUCCUUGGGAAAUGGAAUCUAAGGAUUCGGGUCAGCCACCGCCCCAGCAGCAACAGCAACAGCAGCCACAGCAGCAGCAGCAGCAACAACACCAACAGCAGCUGCAGCAGCAACAGCAACAGCAUCAUCUGAAGAGUGGCUUUGAGCCCUUCUCGAAGCUGCCCUCGUUCCAGAGCCAGUUCCAUGGCUUCAAUGAGCAACUCCUGCCGGAUGGGACACCCAUGCCGGUGCCGAUGGCAACAGCAGCUGCGGCUGCGGCAGCAGCAGCCGGAGGAGCAGGAUCAGGGCCAGGGUCAGUGCCAGGAUCGGGAGGAUCUGCCUCGCUGAGCGCCCUGCAAACGGUGGCCAUGUCGCCGGCCAGUAUCUCCGUCAGCUCCCCCGGAAUGAUGAGCGUGGGCUCGCCGCUGACUCAGCUCUCGAGCCUGCAGACGAGCAUCACGCCCCCCUCGGCGGGCAGCUUUCCGGCCCCACCGCCGCCCAAUGCCUUCGCCCACCACCACGCCCUCAAUCCGCACCACCAUCGAUCGGCCGGUGGCGGAUAUGCCACGCCCUACGGCGAACUGCCCAUCUAUCCGGGAUUCGCCCCGCUGGGCGUGAAGAAGGAGCCCGGUGGCACCGACUUCGAGAUGCUGCUCAAGAAGGAGGACUUUGAUCUCAGCAACAGUGGUGGAGUUGCAGGUGCCGGAGCGGGUGGCAUGCACCAUCCCGGCAUGCAGCACCACCAGCCGCACCCCAUUCCCAUGGGCAUGCACACGCCGACCUCGUUCGACGGCAACAGCAACACCAGCUACCCGCAGACGGCCAGCGGGAGUGGCAGCCACACGCCGCACACCACCCAGCCCACGCCGACCACCACCACCCCGGUAAAGGCCGAGAAGCUGCUCCAGUCGCCGAUCGCCCGUCUGGAGGCGCGGAAAAAAGAACGCCGGAAACAGAGGCCCAAUUCGCUCGAGUCCAGUGCCGAGAGCGAGGCCAGCGGCAUGGACGUCGACCCGAGUAAUCCUGGCCAGGUGGACGCCGUCUCGAGCACCGCCAACUUCAAGAGUCCCCUGAGCACACUGGGAAUGGGCGACAGCAAUGAUGCGAACGCCAGUGGAUGCGACAAGCAGGACUACGGUCGUCGUCUGCCACCACCCCUCACACUCACUCCAAUGCCACUGUCACUGCCACUGCCACUGCCACAGCCACCACCCACCACCCACACUCACAACCACAAUCACAACCUACACCACAACCACUCCAACGACAACAACUCCUCUUCCUGCUCUCUCUUUCAGUCGAAGAAGAAGCGCAAGCGGUGCGGCGAGUGCAUAGGAUGCCAGCGGAAGGACAACUGCGGGGAGUGCGCCCCCUGCCGCAACGACAAGAGCCACCAGAUCUGCAAGCAGCGUCGCUGCGAGAAGCUCACCGAGAAGAAGGAACCCAAAGCAAAAAACAUCAUCUAUGGAGCCGAUGGCCAGCCCGUGAGAACAGAUUCGAAACGUGGCCGAGGCAAAGGAAAGGCCACCAUUUCCGGAAAUGGAUCUAAUGCAGGCAUAGCCGCCGGCAAUGGCACACCAACAACUGGGUCACGCGCCCGCAAAAACUCCACCAAAGCAAACAAACUGAAUGCAGCCGCUGCAUCAGCAACAUCGCCUCGUCUAAGUCCAGCGCCGGCAGCAACACUGUUGCCGCAGCAAUCGCCAAAUACCACAGCAACAGUUGCCGCCGCCGGGGGCAACCUGCAACAUCAGCAGCAGCAGCAGCAGCAAUAUCAGCAGCAUCAGCAACUACUGUCGCAGCAGCAGCAGCUCUUGUCGCAGCAACAACAGCAGCAGCAGCAGCAGCAAUACCAGCAGCCGCAGCAGCAUCAGCAGCAUCACUUCCAGCAGCAACAGCAGCAGCAGCCGCCGCUUUUGCAGCAGCAACAACACGCACAGCAGCAGCAGCAGCAACAUCUGCCACAGCAGCAGCAGCAUCAGAUAACCGCACAAAUUCAAACCAUGAAGGAUCAACCGCAACAGCCCAUGGCGCCCAUGGCCUUCUAUCCCACAUGGCAGGCGGAUCCUUCGCAGGGCUGGCAGAACCAGUUCAUCCAGCAGAUACCACAGAACACGCCGGCCAUCACAUCGCUCAACUCGCUGGACUUCCAGACCCAGUCGUACGCGUACCCCUCCAACGGAUACGUCCAGACAGGCCUGGGAUUCGAUCCGAACUACGGCCGAUCUCCAUACGGGGCUCCGGUCCAGAGCUACGACUUCCAGCGCCAGCAGCUGUCCAGCGCCCCCUCGGCCAUCAACCAGGUGGGUCUGCAGGGUGUGGCCGGGUUCGCGCCCAGCUACGCCGGACAGGUGACGGCGGCCCCGGUGCCGCCCUCGCAGCAGCAACAGCAACAGGUGCAGCAGCAGCAACAGCAGCAGCAGCAUCUGGGAGCGGAACUGAACAAGACGAUGUCGGGAAACGACACGCCUGGAUAUCCGCGGGUGAGCAGCGUGCCGCCGCGCUCACUCAACUGUAACGGGUAUUCAGGCGACUACAGCGGUUCAACAUCAGCCACUAACAACAACAACAACACCAGUAGCAACAGCAACAGCAGCAGCAACAACAACAGCAGCAGCAACAGCUCACAACAGCAGUCCUCGGCCCUCAGCGGAGGCACCACCACACCAGCUCCCGCUGUCCCCGCCACAGUGGUGGCCCAGCCCGCCUCCUCGCCGAUGCAGCCUCCCAUUCCACAAUCGCCCACGCGCGCCAACAUGCUGCAGCAGCAGCAGCAACAGCAGCAGCAUCAGCCCCGGCUGGUGAGUCAGUCGCCGACGGGAAAUGGCCUGCAACCGUAUGUGGCGCCGCAGCAACAACACCUUGCCUCGCCACCCAUGCAGGAGUGGAACUGGCAGCAGCAGCAGCAACAGCAACAGCAGCAACCACAGCCGCUGGGAGGCGAUGGCUACGCCCAGGGAGAGAGACUAAACCUCAACACUCGCAUCAAGUCCAUGAUCAUGCGCAAGAGCGAUCCCAAGGAUCCGCCGCCUGAUCUGCAGCAGCAACAGUUGCAGCAACAACAGUCGCCGGUGCAGCAGCAACAGCAGCAGCAGCAGACCGGUCAUUUUUUAUCGUAUAGCCACCAUCUCCGGCCUGAAACGGCGCUGAGCGCCAACGGACCGAGCAGCGCCACGCCCACUCACCCAAUGCAGCAGCAACAGCAGCAGCAGCAGCAACAACAGCAGCAGCAAGUGCAGCAGCAGCAGGUGCAACAAGUGCAACAGGUGCAGCAGCAACAACAACAGCAGCAGGCGUCGGCUGCUGCCGAGCCGAUCGGAGGUGGUGGCGUAGAUCACAUCUGGAAGCCGCACCACUCGACGCAGAGUUUUAAGAAGCCGCCGGUGAGCGUCGUGGGUGGCGGCUAUCCGGGAUCGGAUGCGCAGCUGCAACUGCAGCUGCAACAACACCAGCCAGGACAGCACACAACCAUUAGCCACGGCGACCCCACGCCGUUGGUGCCCCAAGCAGCCCCGCCAGUAGUUCAGCCGCAGGCGCCGGUGGUGGUGCCGCCGCCGCCCGCUGCAGCCCAGCCCGCCAAGAAGUCGCGGAGUCGCAGCAAGGCCAGUCGCGCGGCGGCAGCAGCAGCAGCGGCUGCAGCCGAGGCAGCGGCCGAGGAUCCGCGAAACUCCACGGAUCCGGGUGGCGGUGGUCUGAAGCCACCGCUCAGUGCCCACUACCCGCCGCAUCCGCCGCCGGUGCAUCCCGGCCAAGAAUACCACGGUCAGUACAUCAAGACCGAGCCGGGCCUGCUGGGGCCGCCGCAGCCCAACAAAAUGGAGGGCUACGAGAGGAACUACCAGAACUUCAUCCAGUACGCGGACUUCUGCCAGAACGACGGACAGGGACAGCCGGUGCAGCAGCACCACGGCCACUCGCAGCAGGACUACGCCGGAUACCAUCACAACUCCGCCUACUACGGAGCCGGAGCCAGCAGCUUCCAGCAGAACUUCCAGCAGAACUUCGUUCCCGGCUACCAGCACUCCACGUACGGUAGCCGAGCCAAGGUCACGGGGCCGGGCAACCACCAGCCCAGCCACCAGCUUCACGGCCACGGGCAGAGCAUGCUUGAGCUGGACCGGAAGCCGGACACCAACAGCAUCAUACCCCUGCCUACGAACUACGAGAAGGAUAUUCCGGCGCACGCCUAUCCUAUCCCGCCACACCGCUACGCCCUUGGACACGGAGCACCGCCGCCAGUGCCACCUCCACAUCUGGGACACCACGGAAUGCUGGAGCCAAAGCUAGAGGACAUGGGAAUGCUUGGACACGGCGGAGGAUACACGUAUUUGGGCGGAGCCGGCGAAGGCAAGGGCCUGAACAACGGAUUCUCUUGCUGCCGACAGGGCGGCACCCGUCCCCCAACGGCAGAGCACCUCAAGGACGGCACCUGCCUCGGUCUGGGCAUCCAGCCCAAGGAGGAGCUGCUCGACGAGGACGAGCUCAUCGAUAGCCACGGCAAUGGCCUGAAACCGGGAGGAGGAGCCGCCGGCAAGGCGAAGGGAAAACAGAAACCGGACGAGAUCCCCGAGAUUGUGGUGAAGCACGAGAAGAUUAACCCGUUGUUCGAUACCACGGAUCGAUUGGAGAAGGGCAACAAGACGGAGAUACCCGAGUGCGAGUGCUUCCAGUCCGACAAGAAUCCCCCGGAACCGGGCACCUACUACACGCAUUUGGGCACGGCUUCGUCCCUCAUGGAACUCCGGCGAGAGUUCGAAGAGCGAUGCAAUCUGACGGGUCGGCAGCUCCGCAUCGAGAAAAUCGUCUACACGGGCAAGGAGGGCAAGACGACGCAGGGCUGUCCGGUGGCCAAGUGGGUGAUCCGGCGGGCGGACAUGGAGGAGAAGAUUCUGGUGGUUGUGAAAAAGCGACCAGGACACAGAUGCAUUGCCGCCUACAUUGUGGUGUGCAUGGUGGCCUGGGACGGAAUGCCACGUUUGGAGGCGGACAACGCCUACAAGAAUCUGAUCCCGAAGCUGAACAAGUACGGCCUGCCCACCACCCGAAGAUGUGCCACCAACGAGAACCGCACUUGUGCCUGUCAAGGACUCGAUCCUGAGACAUCUGGCGCUUCGUACAGCUUCGGCUGCUCCUGGUCCAUGUACUACAAUGGCUGCAAGUACGCCCGCUCCAAGACGGUGCGCAAGUUCCGGCUGUCGGUGAAGAGCGAGGAGGCGGCCAUCGAGGACCACAUGAACCUAAUUGCCACUCUGCUGGCGCCGGUCUUCAAGCAGGUGUGCCCGCGAUCCUACGACAACCAGACCAAGUACGAGCAGGAGGCCUCCGACUGCCGCCUCGGCCUGGAGCCGGGCAAGCCCUUCUCGGGCGUGACAGCCUGCCUGGACUUCUGUGCCCACUCGCACCGCGAUCUGCACAACAUGCAGGACGGAUGUACGGUGCACGUGGCGCUCCUGAAGCCCGGCAAUAGGGACACCCGCCUGCCGGACGACGAGCAGUUCCACGUCCUGCCGCUCUACACGAUGGACGGCACGGACGAGUUCGAGAGCGUCGAGGGGCAGAGGGACAAGCACCGCACCGGGGCGGUGCAAAUGCUGGACAAAUUUCCCUGCGAAGUACGCGUUCGUUCCACGCCGCUGAUACCCUGCCGGAGGCACGGCAAGAAGCGGAAGGAUGGCGACGAGUCGGCGCCUCCGGACGGCGACCAGGACGCCGCCGGAGAUGCCAACAGCCAGAGCAGCUCCAGCAACGGAGCCCAGUCGCAGACGCAGACCGCGAGCAAUCAGUCUAGCCCGCCUGCGUUGGGAGCUGGAGCCGGAUCGGGAGCGGGAGUCCAUAGCAUCAAGAAGGAGAACGGCGGGACAGGAACUGUGGCCGCCAACGGGAAAUCCAAGGCGAAGGGCAAGUCGAAUCAGUCGAACAACUCGAGUGCCUCCACGCCCGGAUCGGCGCCUCCGUCCACGCCCUCGCCGCGAUGCCAGACUCCGGUGACGAACAACCCCAGUCCGGCGGGCAGCGCCUUCAGCACGCCACCGGUCCACGGCAGCGGCAAUCCUGCCGGAAAUCCCGCCCAGAACGGCAAUCCCAACCAGCAGCCCGGCCAGCUGAUGAGCUCCAACUCCAGCCUGAUGAACAUGGCCACCAUGAUAGACACCUUCACGGACGCCCAGCUGCAGUCGAAUCAGAUCUCGAGCACCGUAUUGGACUCGCCGUACUCGUACGAUUACCAGACGGGCUCCUACAUAGAUUCCAGGAACUACUACGGCAACUGGCCGACGCCCCACGCACCCAUGGGCAUGGCGGCGCAGGCACAGGUGGGUGGAGCCGGACCAGGAGCCGGCGCGGGGGCCGGAGUCGCACCCCUGACCCCCACCACGCCGACAGCGCAAACGCAGCUGGGAGGCGUGCCGACAGCCACUGCUCUGGCAGGAGUAGGAGGAGUCGGCGUCGGAGGAGGAGUUGGGGUGGGAGCCACCACAUUGCCAGGAGGAGCACCUACCUUGCCACCAUCGGUUACGCCAACGCAGCUAGAGGCCAGCAACGGCUAUGGAUCGGCCAGCUACCAGAGCCUGGCCUCGGCGGGAGCUUUGGGAGGCACCGCCGGGAAUCCGGAGCCGCAGCAACAGCAACAGCACCAGCAGCCGGGACAGCCACAGCAGCAGGCUUCCCUGCCAGGAGCACCCGGAGGAGACCUGAAGAGCCGGCUAUUGAACGAGGAGAAUCCCGACUCCACCACGCUGGUGAAUCACCAUCACCACCACCACCAUAACCUGGCGGAGAGCAAGCUGACCGCCCUGACGGCCAUGCAGCCCAUGACCGCCAACCUGGCGCCCUCGCUGACCACCUCGCAUCCGCACCACCCGCACUCGCACCCGCACCAGCAGGAGGGAUUCGUGAAGCCGAAGCCGCCGCCCAGCGACUACACGGCCCAGUACACGGCCCAGUAUCCGAACAACUAUCAGAUGUACCCGCCCCCACCACCACCGCCCCACUCCGCGUACUCGGCCUACGACGCGUACCAGAACAUGAACUACAACUACGGGUACCACCACCAGGCGUACUCCCCCUACGGCAUGUAUCCGCAGCAGACUCCGCCGCCCACGCCGCCGCCUCCGUCGCCCAACUGGAACGUCUACGGACACCACCAGACGACGACGAACUCCGGCUACAGCUCCGGCUCCACCACCCCCGGAGCAGGAGCAGGCACUCUGAUAGCCAGCCAUGGUGCAGUGCCGGGAGCCGCGGGUCUGCAGAAGCCGAGUAUUCCCGCACCAUCGCCCCUCCAUCACCAGCAGCAACAGCAACAAGAUGCGCCGCAGACCAUCCUGCCCGACCUGAGCAAUGGCCAGAGUUCGGUGGAAACCGUGGUCGCUCCCACCACACCUGUGGGGGAGACCAAUUCCGGCAACGACUCCGCCGCCGGAGUGGGAGGCGCAGGAGGAGCAGGUGUCGGAGCAGCCGCUGUGGCGGCCGGAGGUCCACCGGCAAAUGCCACAACCCCAGUGCCAGUUGGAUCCCCGGGCAGCACCAAUGCCAGCAAGAUCGAGCCCAUUGGCGAGGUGGCCGAGAUCAAUGAGAACAUCGAGGCCUUCCAGGAUCCGCAGAUGGGGGGCGUGGCCAUCGCCCUCAAUCACGGCAGUGUGCUGAUCGAGUGCGCCAAGCACGAGAUGCACGCCACGACGGCGGUGAGGCGACCGGAUCGCCACCAUCCAACACGGAUGACCCUGAUAUUCUACCAACACCGGAACCUCAACCGAUCCCGGCACGGCAUCGACGAGUGGGAGGAGAAGAUGCGGGUGAAGAAGAUCAACACGGACCUGGACAACAAAGCCAAAGAGGAGCGCGAGCGCCUGAUCAAGAAGGCGGCUGGCGAGGAUCUGGACGAGCUGGACGAGGAUGCGCUCAUGGACGAUGCUCCGGUGCCGGUGGUCAAGAAGGAGACCAACGGCCAGGCUCUAAAAAACGGAGCCAGUGGCAGUAAAAAGAAGAAGAACAACAGCACUGCGGAGUCGAAGAAAUCACAAUCCGGUGAGCAGUCAAAAAACGAGAAGGUUGCCCUCCACGCACCAACACUUACGACCACGUCGUGGACGACCCUGUUCCCCAUGCAUCCGUGCGUGGUUACGGGGACCUAUCCGGAGGGCAAUAGCAGUCCGACCUCGUCCACGAACAACAACAGCAACAGCAACGCUGGCAAUGGCCAGUCCCUGCCACCUGGCAGUGGUCCUCAAGUUCCCCCUGGUCAGCCCGGCGGAGCAGCAGCUAUCCCGCAGCAACAGCAUCCACAUCCGCAUCCGCAGCUGCAGCAGCAGCAGCAUCAGCCGCAGCAGCAGCCGACCUGAAUAUGCUCCGGCUAAGGGGCUACUAUUGGUAAUCGCAGAAUUCCACGCCGAAUUCUUCUUAACUUAAGUCCACACUCACACUGAUCAGCCCGGAUGGGAGCUUUCGUUUCGAAAGGAUUUGAGAGAUUUAGGGAUAUAUGCUAAUACACCUCCACUCAUGGGCAUUAAAGGAUAUAUGUUUCUAUUCAAAUCCAAGUUGAACUAAUUUUUCCAAGAAAAAGAAUUCACUCAGAAGAUUGUUUUGAAAAAAAAUCAAAUUCUUCCUCAAAUUCGAUCGAGAUUAGAAGCCCGAUACCAGGUUGUAUGACUGAAAAAUCACUCAAAGCUAAGAAGGAGAUCCUCCGAGCUAGGAGGCUGGAGAAUUAUUUUUGUAAAUGCAUCUGAUUUCGUGUGCCAUACGAGGAGAAGAACAUGUCCCCCGGAAAGGAGUUGAAGAAAGUACAGUUGACGCUGCCAGGCCAGAGUUGUCACCAUUCCACACAAAAACACAGUCACACCCAAAAAACAAACAUCACUCAGCAGAUUAAAAAACAAACCACAAACAAACACUCAAAAACAACAAGUUUCUAAACUAGUUUAAAAAAUAAACUAUUAACUUUAGUUUCUUAAGAGCCAGCAAAAAACAAUUUGUGUUAAAUGAGUUUUAAAAAAUACUACAGAACAAGAACAAAAACGAAUACUACUAAAAAAAAAAAAAAACUAAAAUAAACAAGAGAAAAUGCUAAAGAAAUUUUUGCUUGAGUUUCUCUUGCAAGCAGAAACCAAAAACGAAAACAUAUUACAAGUUAGUGGAGUUUAAAAAUAAAAGAUCAUUGCCAAAAGUACAAAUAAACCAUUUUUUAAAGAGCAAACUAGAAAAACGUAAAGAAUUUCGCAAGACAACUAAAACAAAAUGAUAAUAGUUGGAAACAAAAUGCAAUUUUUACUAGAAAAAAAACAGUUUAAAGAUUUAUGUUUUAAAUUUCUCAUAUUCCCACAAUUUGACUUUCUUUUGUAACUUGAUCCUUAAAGUUCCAAUUGAAUUCGAAUUGCAGACAGACUUCCGACAGAAGAAGUAUUGCUCCCUUGGGUGUGAUUUCAGGAUACUUGAAAGGUCCUUGAAAUCGCCACUCAAGCUGCGAGGAAUGCCGAUUUCCUAUAGCUUCAGAUCAGAUCACUCACAGGAUAAUAUGGAAAAUGGUGCGGGGAGUGCAGGACAACUAAAGGAUAAUGAAGUUGAGUAUUUUUUGAGAGGGCGGCACACGCUCCCGAAAAGGAAGAAAGAAAGAAAGGAUCAGAGGGAGGCGACUAGAAGAUGAAGAAGAAAUGUAAGGCAGCAAGACAUUUUUAAACUUUAAACAUAAUUUAAACUAAGUUUAAGUAAAGCCCAGAAACCCAAACACACACACUCACACACACACACGAGAAGUUAUAUAUAUUUAUUUAUGCGAAUCGAAGGCAAAAGGGUUCAAUCUAGUUAUUAUUAUUAUUUUUGCGAGAUUUAGUUUCAAAGGCAAAGGACAAAACCCAAAAAGACUCGAAACCAAUCAAGUAUUAAGCACUAAUAAAAAACAACUAUUUGCCUAUUCAUUUGUAAUUGUUGUAUAAAGCAAAACUAAUAAUUUGCAUCCAUCCAAAAAGCAAAAAUAAUAAAUAAAAAAUAAAAAAUAAAAGCAAAAAGGAUAAAAGGAUAAAAGGACAAAUGAAAAAAUAAAAAACUUAAAAUUAGAAUGCAAAUGUGGCAGCGCAACUGAAUUUCAAAUCAAAUUAGUCUAAAAAACAAACAAAAAAAAAAACACAACAAACAUAUAUAUAAAUAUAUUUUGCACAAAAAUAAAAAAAAAAAACAUAAACGAUUGAUUUUGAAUUUGUCGAGAAAGGACACUAGCCGACAUGAAUGUAGGUCGUAUGUACGUAAUGUAAUGUAAAUGUAAGGCAGCGAAGAAGACUUUUGAGCAACAAGAAAAAACAUGUUUUGAUAAAUAUUUAAAUGUUUAUAUAAAUAUAUUGAUAUAUAUAUAUAUAUAUAUUAAUAUAAAUUAUGAUAAUUGAUUAACUGAUUACGCAAGCCAACAACUAUUAUAGUUUGUAAAUGCUUUUUUAUCAUUUCAAAUAAAUGCAAAUCUUUUGCCAUUUCUAAGUUAAAACACCUCACACGACUUUUCUGUUUCUGUUUCUGAUUCUGUUUCGCGGGACUUCUAUCUAUACAUAUAUUAUAUAUAUAUAUAACUAUAUAUAUACUAUACAUAUUGGAAUAUGAUGAUAAAGCAAGAAAACCAAUUAAAUCGGCGAGGCGUACGAUGAUAUAGCGAAGAUACACAUACAUAUUGUAAAACGAGCGUACAUAUAUACAGAAUGUGAAGCUGACGAUGAUAAGAGUUGGAUAAAAUAAUAAAAAAAAAAAUACAAACAAAAAAGAAAAUCAUAAAUUAUAUUUAUUUAAAGUACGCGCAUGGAAAGCAAACAGAUAUUAAUAUUAAAUAAAAUGAAAACAAAGUUAAAUCAG